AUGUCCAAGAUUGCUCUCAAUCAUCCUAAGAAUUUGGCCGAUCUCACGGACGUGAUUGAGAAGUAUGUAAACCAGGAGGAAAUCCUCGCGGCUCUGAAGGAGUCCCAGAAACAGAAUAUCUCAGAGUCAAGCAAUCCCGGGAAGAAAGAAAAGGCCCGGAAAGAAGAAAAGCGAACCAAAACAAAAAAAGCCACGAAACCUGCGAAGUAUUACCAGUUCUCUAUAGAUGAGUGUACUCCCUUGAAUUAUCCCAUUAACGAAGUAUUGAUGGAAAUCAAUAGGGAUCCGCAGUACGAGAGGCCUUAUCCCCUUCACAAUAAGUAUGUGAAAGAAGAAAACAGAAACAAAUUCUGCGCGUUUCAUGAUGCUCGAGGCCAUGUUAGCGAGGAAUGCAGAAAUCUCAGAAUCCUGAUUGAGAAGUUCAUUAAAAACGGAAAAUUACUCUGUUUCAUAGCAGACAACCAGGGCCAACCUCGGCAGAAUCAGGGGCCUCGAGAGCAUCAAGACCGAGAGCCGAAACAGAGAGAUCGCUCUCCUUCGAAGCACCAAGAAGAUCGCCGAGACGGAAGAAGAGAGGAACCCCGUCUGGAGGAGCGCCGACGAGGUAGAAGUAGAAGCCAAAGCAGAGGUGCACGCGGUCAUGAACCACGGAAUGUACCGGUCAUUUACGGUUAA